UUAAGGCCGCCAACAGAGCCCCAGCUGUGCCUCCUGCCUUCCUGUCUAAUAUGUAACAUGAGCCCCUCCAUUGAGAACAAAACUGAAACUGGUAACCAUUAUAACUUGAUGUAUUCUUUCCUCUCCUUCUGAGCUCAGUGUUUUAUUCUUUCAUCCUGCCUUGCCAAGUCAAAUUCUCUAUACGGCAUCAUCUCUGCCAACUACCUAUUCUACUCAAUUGUCAUACUCCGUUCCAGGACGUCCCAUCCACUCCUUGCGAUCGAACACUUGAUACUCUAGGCAUCCAUCACCCAAGCUAUUCGGACCUUCAUCAUGGGCCGCUGGGGCGAUCUAGACGAGGAUGAAUAUCGUCUCCCCGAAGGCAUGAAGCGCAUCGCCUAUGAUGCUGACACCCAGAUCUAUACAUACCAAGACACCGAUGGGUCUAUUUGGGCGGGUCAACCUGGUGCAAUAUACGGUUCUCUCAGACGGGUGAAUGACGACAUCGUCGACAACGAAGCGCCGGGAAUGUAUGAAUCACCUACUGCGGAUGCAGAUAUCGAAAAGAAGUUGUCUCAAGAUUCCUCCCCAUCGAAGAGCCGAUUCACUUCAUUUGAUGCGCUUUGGCCAGAACAUGAUGGCAAGGCGGGAAAUACAAGGGAGGCCACCUUCGGCGUACUGGCCCCAUUAACGAAACUUCCACGGUCUCUGAUCAGUCGAGUGCGGAGCCGCCGACAGACUGCGAGCUGGGUCCCAAAACGACGCGAAAGCCGCGAUGAACGCGUCUCCGAGAAGAGAGAUGGCCUAUCGGAGCAAAAUUUGGGUUCAAAGGUUGAGAGUCGGAAAAUGUCGCGACGAGGAACUGUGUAGGGUGCUGGCGUUAUUCCAAUCCUUCUCCGGGAGCUUGUGUUGGAUGGACAGGCCAUUCUAACGACUGAGGAAGUACGAAACCUAUCGGAUUGAAAGGAGUUUGGUGGCUAGGGUUCAUUAGACAAUAUUUCUACGGGCUUAAUAUGGAAGUAGUCUGCAAGUCCCUUCUUGGGAUUUGAGUCUUACUUC